GCGACGAAUAAAACGUUUGUGGCUCGUCUGGAGACGUCACUUCCGGAGUGUCCGUUUAUUCUGUCGUUUUGUUGUGGAAUGGCGUUGGUGAUGGAGCCCAUCAGACUGGACAGAGAUGUUUCCCGGGCUAUUGAACUGCUGGAGAAGUUGCAAAGGAGUGGAGAGGUGCCACCGCAGAAGCUGCAGGCUUUGCAAAGGGUACUUCAGAGUGAAUUCUGCAUUGCCGUGCGCGAAGUUUACGAGCAUGUGUAUGAAACUGUGGAUAUUAAUAGUAGUCCAGAAGUGAGAGCCAAUGCUACUGCUAAGGCAACUGUGGCAGCAUUUGCUGCCAGCGAAGGUCACUCGCAUCCAAGAGUUGUGGAAUUGCCCAAAACAGAUGAAGGGCUAGGAUUCAAUAUCAUGGGUGGUAAGGAGCAAAACUCUCCCAUAUACAUAUCCCGUAUUAUCCCAGCUGGCAUUGCGGAUCGACACGGAGGUCUGAAACGUGGAGACCAGCUCCUGUCUGUCAAUGGAGUGAGUGUUGAAGGAGAACACCAUGAAAAAGCAGUUGAACUUCUGAAAGCUGCCCAUGGAACAGUUAAGUUAGUCGUCAGAUACACACCAAAAGUCCUGGAAGAAAUGGAAUCACGAUUUGAAAAAAUGAGGUCAGCAAAACGCCGACAGCAAAUCAACUAUUGAUUUUCGUGGUGCUGUGUUUGUGUUAUUUUACAUGACAGCUGGGAUUUCUUAAUGUUGUACUUGCUGUUGAUGUGGCAUGAUCAGACAGUGUCGUACUCAAAUUAGUUGGUCACCAUAACAGUACAUCACAAUAAUGCAUUUUUGCUUACUAAUUCAGUGUUAGAUUUGCAAUGAAGUCAGUUUAAAUCUGUUUCAAGUAUUUAUAUAUCUAAAUCAAAGAAUUAUUACUUUUCCUAACUUGCAUAUGCGGAAAAUACAAUGAAGCACCUCAGAGUUGAUGGGGUACCAUCAGUGACAGGAAUUCCCUCUAUCGUUUAUUCUUGUGUAAUUGAGGAAAACUCUAUCCCUCUGGUUCGACUACAACAGUAAAAAUUAGAGACUUGAAAAAUGAGCACCGCCUUCAGAAUUAGGUAGAUAAUAUAUAUAUAACUAGAGAGCAGCACCCCAGUUAUGGUCCACCAUUUAAUUGUUAUUGAACUGUAAGACCUGUAGGAAAGGAGUUACUCAUUUUUGACCAUGUCCUAAUCCAUAAAUGCUUAAUCAUCAGAACAAGACUAUAAUUUCAGAAAUAGGGUUGUUUGAACUGUUACAGUCUUUCUUUGCUGCAACAGUCCUUGUAAUUUCCCUAACUGAGUUCAGCACUGGCCAGUUAAGCCAUCAAAAAAAUGAGGGCAAACAAAAUAAGAUUCCUAAUACUUUCUUUUUAAGUUGUUUGAUGCACUAGUGGUGAGACUUCCUCUUCAAAUAGCUAACUUGACCAUUUUAUGGACAACUUUGAGAAAUGAGUACUGUGCUAUUAUGUUGCUUGUAACAGAAGAGAUACAUUCCUUUUAGUAACUGAACUACUCUUGUUCAGGUCUCCAUUCCAGGAGAAUAGAUAACAGACGUCAGUGGGUUAGUCUAAAAACAAAUAAUGUGUGAUGUACCUGCAUCUUAUUGCUGGGAACUGCCCAACACUACUUCCAAGGAAUAAAAGAUGAAUCAAUUUGACUUUACUUCAAGCCUGGUUUACGUUAUUUAAUCACUUCUGAGCUCAAAACUAGUAGUAUCCAGUCAUGCUGCUUUGUCCUAACCAAACUGCAUGCAAUUUAUGGGCAAGCUUAAGUGGGAAUUCAAAAUUCUCUCUUGGCUCAGUUUUGUUUAAAAUUAAUAGUUUGUUUCUGCCCCCAAACUCAUGUUUCCACAAUAAAACUGCAAUGACACGACUAAAGUUUGUUCAACUGAAAUUGAAUACACUUUUAUAUGAGGCUUCUAUGUUAAUUGACUUCUUGCUUCAGUUUUUCUACCACUUAUAAAGCCAACAGUUUUUACAGAACAAAAUUUUUGUAUUCUGCUGUCUUAGUUUUUGUACUGGUUUUUAUAUUUAAAAAGGGCAAUUCAGUAGCAUAAAAAUAGGUAAAAACACAUGUUAGACCAGGUAAUCAUCAGUCAGGCAUCUGAAACCAAAAAAGUAGCUACUUGAUCCUUUGAAAAUCUUCAAAUAUGUUGCGAUCUGAUGGCCAUAAAUAUCUCAUGGUGACAGGGACUGAAGCAAAUCUGAUUUAUUUUACCUUGUUUGAACUGAUUGUUAUUUAAAAGAAGCCUUUUUUCUAGCACUACUGCCUAUUAGCUUCUUUUGACUGACCUAGUACUACACUAAGUACAAAUGGUUUUGUGUCUAUUCACUUACAAAAUGUUUUGUUUCCAAAUUUAUCCGCAUAACUGGACUACUUCAAUUAAUUAGAGUAUUAUACAGCUGAAUGUAAGAGAACAUUGUAAUAUUUUUGAGAUUCUGUUUGUCAGAAAUGUGUGCUUUUCUUUGUCCUACAACUUUGUUGAUUUAUGCUAUGCUGUGUAAUGAUAUGACAUUGUACUAUGUGUUAAAAUAGAAAUCAGAUUGGACGUGGUUGAUGUUCAUGAUUAUUCAUUUUGACCAAGUGUUUCUCGUUUGCCCAAAUUGCUUAUUUGUACCUGAGCAGUGCAAUCCUUUAAAUCCAACAACCUACAUAUCAGUGCAGUUAUGAGAAGCAAACAUCUCUGAAAUAUCUCUCAACUUUUCAUAAGUUUACUAAAUUUUAAUGAUGGUGUUUUUUCUUAUUGUUGCUGCCGUUCAAAGAAAAAGCCACUGUUUUGAUUCAGGCCAAGGUGGGGUUUGGAAAGUCUUCAACCUGAUUAUUAUACAAUUUUUUUAAUUAGAAUCCCAAUCAUGUUUUAUUGCUGAAAUGUUGUUUGUAACAGUUGUAUUUCUAUCUUACAGUCUUAUUUUCUGGCACCAAUGUCAUGUAAAGACUUAAUUUACUUCAGGCACAGACAUUGCACUUUGAUUUAAAAUGCAUUUUGUUGACCAUUUGAAGACUUUUUUCAAAAUGUCUGGCACCAAAUGUUAAGAAUCUAAUGAAAGAAAUCGACUUUACCAUUUGCAUUGAGCUGCCUGAGUCCUAUCGAAUCUGGAACCUUAGUUGUGUUACAACAGUGCCUACUUGCUAUUUGAUGGUCCGACUGGAGAAAAGUUAGCAAAGUUGUUGCUACAAUAUUGCCUCAAACCUAUUUGAUUAAUUAUAUCAUCCUUACUAUCAUUUUAUCAUUUUCUUACUUCUAGAAUUAACUGUCAGCACUGAAGGGAAAUAAAAUAUCUGAUAUGAGUGGGUAAAAUAAUAGAGAGAUCCGAAGAGCCGCUGAUAGUGAUUGAAACCCAAAAAUUAUUGAAUGGAUUUUCUGUACAAUAUAUAAUUUCCAAAAGGUAGAUCUGCCAGGCACUGGGAUUCUAGUUUGUAACCAGUCAAGAUUCGGUAGCUUUAUUUUAAUCUAAUCUUUGUCUACUUUGAUUUGUGAACGUUGAAAUUUGUACUUAAAAUAAAAUUAUAUAUGUAACAGUAA